UUCCACCACCACCACCACCACCACAAUCAUACCAAGCAGAAGCACCAUUACCAUCUUCUAUGCCUUGUCUCCCUGAUUUGCUCUCUCAGAGUAUUCGUCGCUGCAACUGCAUUACAGAAAGUCUCAUGUCUGCCACUUGCACUGCUAUCUCACCUCGCCUUCUUCCACUGCCUUUGUUUUUUUUUAUCUUAUUCGUUGUCCAAACGGGAGGGAAAGUUCCCUUUUCAUGUUUUUCAUGCUUUCAUUUCUAUCCUCUAGUGAUGCACUAGUUGCAUAAGUUACCUGCAGAAUCAUUUCAUACAUGUCAGGACUGUUAAGGGAAAAAAGGUGAUCAAAAGUAGAGUUAACCCGUGUCACCAGUCACAAGCCUCCCAGGCCAUAUAAAUAAAGCCAUUUCCAAGGGACUCAUUAACUAAAAUUUAACAGUAUUCUUACGAUUUGAACAGGCCAAGAUGUCACUUUCCUGCGCCAAAAAUUUCUUCCAGCGAUUCUGCAGCGAGGAUGUUCAAAUGGAGGGCAUCCCCCCCGGCAACUUCUUUUCUAGUGACCUCCUACCAUCCCUUGGAGCUAGAAUAAACCAGGCAACCAUACUUCGAAGAUACAUAAUUUCCCCCUACAGUUCCCGUUAUAGGGCUUGGGAGAUGUGGCUGGUUGUUCUAGUCAUUUACUCUGCUUGGAUCUCUCCGUUUGAGCUUGCAUUUCUAACUUACAAGAAAGAUGAUGCUCUUUUCAUCAUUGACAACAUCGUCAAUGGCUUCUUUGCCAUUGAUAUUGUUCUCACUUUUUUUGUUGCAUACCUCGACAGCCAUACUCAUCUCCUUGUCGAUGAUCCAAAGAAAAUAGCAAUCAGGUACAUAUCUACUUGGUUUCUCUUUGAUGUUUGCUCGACUGCCCCAUUUCAGUCCAUCAGUCUCCUGUUCACAAAUCAAAGUAGCAGCGAAAUUGGCUUUAGAUUACUCAACAUGCUUAGGCUUUGGCGUCUACGACGUGUUAGCUCCCUUUUCGCAAGACUUGAGAAGGACAUCCGAUUCAACUAUUUCUGGACUCGGUGCACGAAGCUUGUCUCUGUAACCCUUUUUGCAGUACACUGUGCUGGAUGCUUUAACUACUUGAUUGCAGAUAGGUAUCCGGAUCCAAAGAGAACAUGGAUAGGUGCUGUAAACCCAAAUUUCAAAGAAGACAGUCUCUGGAACAGAUAUGUAACUGCAAUGUACUGGUCUAUUACCACACUAACUACAACUGGAUAUGGAGACUUGCAUGCUGAGAACCCUAGGGAGAUGCUUUUUGACAUCUUCUACAUGCUGUUCAACUUGGGAUUGACAGCUUACCUCAUUGGAAACAUGACAAACCUUGUAGUUCACUGGACCAGCCGCACAAGGAAUUUUAGGGACACAAUUAGAGCAGCUUCAGAAUUUGCCACACGAAAUCAGUUGCCGCCUCACAUACAGGAUCAAAUGCUGUCACAUUUGUGUCUGAAGUUCAAAACAGAAGGACUGAAGCAGCAAAAAACCUUGAAUGGCCUGCCAAAAGCAAUUCGUUCAAGCAUUGCAUACCAUCUCUUUUACCCCAUUGUUGAAAAAGUUUAUCUCUUUCAAGGGGUUUCUCAUGACUUUCUCUUCCAAUUGGCUUCAGGAAUGGAGGCUGAAUAUUUUCCACCCAAGGAGGACAUAAUUCUGCAGAGUGAAGCAGCAACAGAUCUUUAUAUACUUGUCUCGGGAACAGUAGAUUUAAUGUGCUAUGUAGACGGAAUUGAACAGGUUAUUGGGAAAGCAAAUGCAGGGGAUAUUUUUGGAGAGAUUGGAGUUCUAUAUAACAGGCCGCAACCUUUCACAGCUAGGACAAGUGAACUUUCUCAAAUACUACGACUAACCAGAACUUCACUGAUUAACGCUAUUCAGGCAAAUACAGCAGACGGUUGCAUCAUAAUGAAUAACCUUUUCAAGAAACUGCAAGGAUUAGAAAGCAGUCGCACAGGCUUUGAUUACCAGAACAAAGAUCCAGGAACUAUUCUUGGUGAAUGGUGUGAUGGGGUACCGAAGGAAGGAUGUUCUUCUGAGGCAGGAUGUCAAAAUAAUUUACAUGGAGACCGAUUAUUCCAUGAAGUUGGAGAUUCAUCUGCUGAGGAAUCUGCGGCUAAAGGAAAAAGCAAAAGAGGAACAGGUCAUAAUUUUAUCCCACAUGUGGGCGAUGUAAAUUCAACAAUUGAGGAUGACCAAAAUUCUCUUGUUACUGCUGUUCGCAAUGGGCAUAUUGAAAUGGUUAAGCUUCUGCUGGAAGAAGGAGCAAAUGCAGACAAACCAGAUGCCACAGGAUCGACCCCAAAAGCUCUAGCAGCACAGCAGGGACAUAAGAACAUUUAUGACCUUUUACUGAGUUAUGAAAAUAGAAGGAAAUUAAUUGAACAUAAAAUAGAUCUUGUUGAGACAGAAUCAGAAGAAGCCAAGAAUAAUCAAGGCCAACAUAAAGGAGUUGGUGGGCCCAAUUGUUUCUAUUUUCAUUCCAAAAUGGUACCCACAAACUCCAGUUCACGCCCUUAUAGUUGUCUCAACAAUAAGGAACCAAAGAAUUUAACCAAGAAGAGAGUUACUAUCCAUAUGCAGUUUCACAACAGAAGUACAUUGAAGAGACCUCCUGGAAAGCUAAUUACACUACCUGAUUCGAUAGAAGAGCUGCUCAGAAUUGGUGGUGAAAAGUUCGGAGGGUACAAAUUUACAAGAGUCAUCAAUGCUGAUAAUGCAGAAAUUGAUGAUAUAAGUGUCAUACGUGAUGGCGAUCAUCUGUAUCUCCUUCAAAAUGACACUGAAAUUUUGGAUUACAAUGUGACCUAAAAAUUUGUAGAAGCUUUUGAUGUAGACAUGGGAUAGCUUGAAAUAUUGAGCAAUGUAUAAAUAAAUAUUGAAAAAAAGUGCAAUACAUCAGUUGGUCCAAA